GAGCACAGUUAGCAUGGAGUUAGCCUGGAGUUAGCCAAGAGUUACCCAAGCGUUAGCCUGGAGUUACCCAAGAGUUAGCCUGGAGUUAGCCUGGAGUUACCCAAGAGUUAGCCAGGACUUAGCCUGAAGUUAGCUAAGAGUUAGCCNGUUACCCAAGAGUUAGCCAGGACUUAGCCUGAAGUUAGCUAAGAGUUAGCCUGGAGUUAGCCAAGAGUUAGCCUGGAGUUAGCCAAGAGUUAGCCAGGACUUAGCACAGAGUUAGCCUGGAGUGAGCCUGGAGUUAACUAGAGUUAGUCUGGAGUUAGCCUAGAGUUAGCACAGAGUUAGCCAGGAGUUAGCCAGGAGUUAGCCUGGAUAACAAUAGCCUCUUGUCCUGCAGGAAGCAUUACUUCCUCAGCGUUUUUACUCUGUUUAUCAGAACUGGAAGAAAAAAGCUAAACAGGGAACCGCAGAGCUCAGCUCCUCUGAACAAUGACUGGAGUUCUACUUGGAGAAAUGGGACUGAAGGAGAUGAAUUUCCAAAUUAGCGUCUCUAACAUUACAGUUCAUGUGGGGAGGUUUAAUGUUUGUUGAAGUCCAGGUUACAGUGAAAGCAGCACGACAGAAAACUAAAAUCCUGUGGAGACAACAAGUCAGAGAAACUCACUAAAACAGAGGAUUUCAGUUCCUACAGUCUGUCUGUCCAUCAACCAAUCAGCUGGCAGAUCAGUUAUUCCAGCUGAUUGAUUAACAUUAAUCACUAAUGAGCCUGAUUGAGCUUCACAGACGUACAGAGAGAGGAAGGAAAAACUUCAGCUACAGGUUUAAACAAAGCUGCUGAGGAAGUCUAACAGGUUUUAGCUCCGCCCCUUCUCUGACUCACCUGAGGGGAAACAGGAAGCAGCUCGUAAAACAGAGACGACCAGAUUCACCACCAGAACAAACUGGCUGCUUCCUCUGAGUAAAUCAGCUGCAGGACGGAAAUAAAAACACGCAGAGAGGGAGGGAGCCGAGACUGACUGAGAUUCAGCUUCACUCAGAGACAAAAUGGCUUCCAGGUCAGAGGAGGAUCUCUGCUGUCCGGUCUGUCAGGACGUCUUUACGGAUCCGGUGGUUCUGUCAUGUAGCCACAGGUUCUGCAGGGAGUGUCUGAAGAGCUGGUGGAGAAAGAAACCAGCAAGAGAGUGUCCAGUUUGUAAGAGGAGAUCUUCAAGAGAUGAACCACCUUUAAGUCUGGUUCUGAAGAACCUGUGUGAAUCAUUCCUACAGCAGAAAAUCCAAAAUGCUCCAGAGGRUCUCUGCUCUCUGCACUCUGAGAAACUCAAACUCUUCUGUCUGGACCAUCAGCAGCCAGUUUGUCUCGUCUGCAGAGAUUCAGAAAAACACUCCAAGCACAGAUUCAGACCCACUGAUGAAGCUGCUCAGCAACAGAAGAAGAAACUUCAGGAAACUCUGGAGCCUUUAAAGAAGAAGCUGGAGCUGAAGAAGGAAGUUAAAGAGGAGUUUGAUCAGACAGCAGAACACAUGAAGGUCCAGGCCCGACACACAGAGAGGCAGAUUGUUGAGCAGUUUAAGAAGCUUCAUCAGUUUCUGGCAGAGGAAGAGGAGGCCAGGCUGGCUGCACUGAGGGAGGAAGAGGAGCAGAAGAGAGGGAUGAUGAAGGAGAAGAUGGAGGCUCUGAGCAGAGAGAUAGCAGCUCUUUCAGACACAGUCAGAGCCACAGAGGAGGAGCUGAGAGCUGCAGACGUCUCAUUCCUGCACAACUACAAGGCUGCAGUGGAAAGAGUCCAGCGCUGCCCCCUGCUGGAGGAUCCACAGCUGCCCUCAGGAGCUCUGAUAGACCAGGCCAAACAUCUGGGCAACCUGGCCUUCAACAUCUGGAGCAACAUGAAGGACAUGGUAACCUACACUCCUCUGGUUCUGGACCCAAACACGGCUCAUCCAAAGCUCCACCUGUCUGAGGAUCUGACCGGUGUGGCAGCAGGUCAGAGGCAGCGGCUUCCUGAUAACCCGGAGCGGUUGGACGUUUGGUGGUCCGUCCUCGGCUCUCGGGGUUUUAACUCCGGGAUCCACAGCUGGGAUGUCGAUGUGGGACGCAGUGAGGUUUGGACUCUGGGCGUGUUAGCAGAGUCUGUCCACAGGAGGCGAGACAUCCAGCCUGGUUUAUGGGGAUUGACGUCAACAGAAGACGGAUUAUCAGUUUGGUCUCCAGGCUCCUGCUCUGAUCUGUCAGCCCUGAAGAAGAUCCAGAGGAUCCGAGUGGAUCUGGACUGGGACGGAGGGAAGCUGUCCUUCUCUGAUCUGGAUACUAACACACACAUACACACCUUCACACACACCUUCACUGACAGGAUGCUUCCUUACUUUUACACUCAGGAUGAAGUAAAAAUCUCACAGAUGAAGAUCUGAGUGAGGAUGGAGAAAAACAAACUGGGAGAUUUAAAAUCUGAUCAUCUGCUUGUUUCAUCUCCAAAUGACAAACUUAUCAGAUAAAGUCAGUUUAUAUCUGUCUGGUCUACAUAUGCAGGAUAAUAACUUGAGUUAAAUAACUGGACAGUUAUCAUAUAAACAACAUAAAAAUCAUCGGUUUUUAUUGUAUUCAGUUGAAAUAAUGGAGGGAAUUAAAUAAACUUAUUAAGUCACAAAUCUGA